AUGUCAUCAUUACGUUUAAAAGUUCAAUUUGGUGAAAAUCUAUCAUCUAGUAGAGAUGAAAGAACAGCGACAGUUCUAAAAUUUAUCUAUGCUGUUGAACAACCAACAACUACAACUAUUGAUGAUCUUACUCGAGCUCUACAAAAAUAUAUUAAUCAACAACUUUCAACUUAUAAUACACGAAUAGUUCAAUUAACUACUGAAGAUGGUUUUGUUCUACCAAAAUUUAAUUCAUGUUCAUCAGUACUCAACGAUAAUGAUUAUCUUAUUUGUAUUGAUACGAAAAAAUGUGCGAGAGAUACUUAUUUAUUAAUCAAUUUUUCUAAAGCAUGGCUCGAAAUGAAACAACAUGAUGCUAGUGAUGACUAUGAAAAAUGUAUUCAAAUUGGUCUUAAUAAUAUUCUUAAAUUAUAUAUUCGAUUGUAUGGAACAACAACAGCUUUUGGACUCUGGGUUUUUGAUACGUCGGAAUUAAUUCAAAUUGCGACUGAAAAACGAAAAGACAAUUUGAUCGCUCGUGCCGAUAAUGCCGAUAAUGCUGAUGAUGAAAAUUCAUCAAAUGAUUGGUUUCUUGAAUGUAAAUGGGAAUAUGAUACAACUUCGAAUA